AUGGGGAAAAGAAUUAAAAAGUUAAAAACUCACAUAGAGGACAGAUCUCGGAAAAUCAGCGAUCUUUUCCUGUCGCUACCUAAACCUAAAAUGGCGGUGACCCUGGAUCCUCAAAGCUCAUCCUCGGAGGAGGAAGCACUGGAUGCUCCGGACCCCAUACCAGAAGUUGCAGACCCCAUCUCGAGCCUACCACUUGGCGAUCUGAGAGCUCCGACUACCAAAGGAGACAUCCUGAACAUACUGCAGAACCUGCGCACCCUGUUCCACUCAGACAUAACGAUUCUGCAGGAAGAAUUGACCGGCGUCACAGGCAGGGUGAGGGUUGCCGAAGAGAACAUCGCUGCCAUGGCACAGUGA